GUGACCAUGUCAUAGGUGUCUCACAGCCACUGACCAGCUACGCCACAAUUAACCUUCUUAAUUCACACAGCUGUGCUCGCCGCCGUUACCACUAUAUAGCCGCUGUAGCGGAGCAAGCGAGCAACAGGGACCCGGAGAGAAGCAGGGAGAGGGUCGGAGCGAUGGCGGCGUCGGAGCUGCACUUCCUGCUGGUGCCGCUGGUGGCGCAGGGCCACAUCAUCCCGAUGGUGGACCUGGCGCGCCUCAUCGCCGCGCGCGGGCCGCGGGUCACCGUGCUCACCACGCCCGUCAACGCCGCGCGCAACAGGCCGGCCGUCGAGGGCGCCGCCAGGGCCGGCCUGCGGGUCGACCUCGCCGAGCUGCCCUUCCCCGGCCCGCGCUUCGGGCUGCCGGAGGGGCUGGAGAACGCCGACCAGAUGGUCGACCAGACCAUGUACGUCAAGUUCUUCCAGGCCAUCUGGGGCAUGGCCGAGCCGCUGGAGGAGUACGUCCGCGCGCUGCCACGCCGCCCCGACUGCCUCGUCGCCGACUCCUGCAACCCGUGGACGGCCGGCGUGUGCGCCGCCCUCGGCGUCCCCAGGCUGGUCAUGCACUGCCCCUCCGCCUACUUCCUCCUCGCCGUGCACAACCUGGCCAAGCACGGCGUGUACGACCGCGUCGGCGGCGACGACAUGGAGGAGUUCGAGGUGCCGGACUUCCCCGUGCCCGCCGUGGGGAACACGGCCACGUUCCGGGGCUUCUUCCAGUGGCCCGGCGUGGAGAAGGAGCAGCGCGACGUGCUCGACGCCGAGGCCUCCGCCGACGGCCUGCUCGUCAACACGUUCCGCGGCAUCGAGGGCCUCUUCGUCGACGCCUACGCGGCGGCGCUCGGCCGGAGGACGUGGGCCGUCGGGCCGACGUGCGCCUCCAGCUUGGGCGACGCCGAUGCCAAGGCCGGCCGCGGCAACCGCGCCGACGUCGACGCCGGCCACGUCGUCUCGUGGCUCGACGCCCGGCCGCCGGCGUCCGUGCUCUACAUCAGCUUCGGCAGCAUCGCGAAGCUGCCGGCGAAGCAGGUCGCCGAGCUCGCGCGCGGCCUGGAGGCGUCGGGGCGGCCGUUCGUGUGGGCCAUCAAGGAGGCCAAGGCCGACGCCGCCGUGCAGGCGCUGCUCGACGACGAGGGGUUCGAGGAGCGGGUCAAGGACAGGGGCCUCCUCGUCCGGGGCUGGGCGCCGCAGGUGACCAUCCUGUCGCACCCGGCGGCGGGCGGGUUCCUGACGCACUGCGGCUGGAACGCGACGCUGGAGGCCAUCUCCCACGGCGUGCCGGCGCUGACGUGGCCCAACUUCGCCGACCAGUUCUGCAGCGAGCGGCUGCUCGUGGACGUGCUGGGCGUCGGCGUCAGGUCCGGCGUCAAGCUGCCCGUCAUGAACGUGCCCGCGGAGGCCGAGGGCGUCCAGGUCACCAGCGGCGACGUGGAGAAGGUGGUCGCCGAGCUGAUGGACGGUGGGCCGGAGGGGGCCGCGAGGAGGACCAGGGCCAAGAAGCUCGCCGCAGAGGCCCGCGCGGCCAUGGAGGAAGGCGGGUCGUCGUGCACCGACCUGGAGGACAUGAUCCGCCACGUAUCGGAGCUGUCGAGGAAGGGGAGCCACGAGUACGGGUGGGGCACGAGCUCGACGUCCCUGCUUUCCGCGGCGGCGGAGCUUGGAGUUGGAAGCAAGAGCGGCGCCAAGAAGAUGGAAGCCGACGCUGCGUUGUCAGUGCACUCCUGAGCUGCAUCUCGCCAUUAUUCAAGUUAUUAUAGGAUUUAUGUUCUGUUCCGUACAACAAUUCUUUUCAACGGUCGAUACCACCAUGUUGAAGUAGCAAUUUGCCCAAUUCAUCCAUGUAAUAUGAUGCUAGUAUAGCUUAUAUAAACGAUGAAGUGUAUCUUUGGCGUCA